GUCACUAUACACUUUGAAUACACAAAAGCACCGGGAAUACAUUAAUGAUACAUUGGGAAUACAUUUCAAAAUACGUGAUACACUCUAAAUACACGGUGUGCACACAUUACACGUACAAAAUAUGUAUAUAAUUUAUAUAUACUAUAUUUACAUAUUAGACAAUACACAUGUGUAUACGAUUUUGAUACAUUGUUUAGACAGAUUAUACAUUCAUGAUACAAAAUACAAUUGGGAUACACUAAAUAUACACUUUAGAUACACAAGCACACUCGAGAUAGGCUCAAUAUACACUAAGGAUACACUGUCAAACUUAGGAUACAAUAUAUACACAAUAUUAUACAUUGCAAAAUAAUAUGUAUAUAAUUUUUCUACAAAACUAUAAUUUAUUAAAAUUAUCCUGUAUGUACAACUUUAUACAUACAUAUAUACACACAUGUUGCACUCAAUAUAUAUACUAGGGAUACACUGUCGAACUUAGGAUACUAUAUAUAUUGCUGCAUUUUGCCUAUCAUUAAAUCUCAUAUUAAAUAGUAUUAAAAAAAGUAAAAGUAAGAGAGAAAAAAGGUGCUAGAAUUAAAAGAAUUGAAGAAAAAAAGUAAAAACAUAUAGAAAGAGUAAAAAGUGAAGCGUGAUAUGUAAGAAAGGGAAUAUAAUUUGGUGUGGGGAAGAAAAAAUAUCUUGGAAAAAUAAAAGUUAGUACCAAAAUUUACUUUUGUCUUUUAUCUUGAUUUUAUCCAAUGGGCUCUGACUGUACAUUUCGGGUUAAGUGCAAAACUUAUUUUCCACUAAAAAGAAUAUAUUUUGAUCCAAUGAGUGAACUUCACACGACAGACUUGACCCAGCCUAUCAUUUAACAACCCUAAAUUUACUAUUUCUAGCAUCAAAAUUCACAACUAGAUUGAGUGUAGAGGUAGCGUUCUUGCUUUUGAAAACGCCAUGAAUGUGAAGAUCAGGGAGUACGAAUUAACCUGCAAAUGUCCACACAAAUUAUACGAAGUGAUGUUGGACGAUGUCGAAAUCGAAACCGCUGUCACUCAUGAUCCCGGUUCGGUGUCCGCAUGGAUUAAGAAGAUCGAAAUUUCAAACGAAUCCCGUCUCCACCGCUUGAUUGUCGGCCUCGACAUCGAGUGGCUCCCCAACUUCACUGCCACCGCAAACAACCCCGUCGCCACCAUCCAACUCUGUGUCGGAAAAUCCUGUCUUAUUUACCAAAUUCUUCACUCCACCAAAAUCCCCCGCCGACUCCGCAACUUCCUCCAGAACGACGACUACAGAUUCGUUGGGGUUGGUAUUAAGAGUGACGUGAAGAAGCUGUGGGACGAUUAUGGAGUCGACGUGUUGAACACGGUUGAUCUCCGGGAGUGGGCGGCGGUGGAGCUGGAGAAGAAGGAACUUCGCACGGCGGGGCUGAAGGAUUUGGCGAAGGAAAUAGUGGGAAUAGAGAUUGUGAAGCCCAAGAGUGUGACUAUGAGUGCUUGGGAUCAGCGUUGGCUUAGCCCUAAGCAGAUAUGUUAUGCUUGCCUUGAUGCUUAUCUUUCUUUUGAAGUUGGGAGGCUCUUAAGUGCUUGGUAUAAUUAGAACUUGUUGAUAUGUUGUAUUAUUUUAUCUAUAUGACAUAAGAUCAGUAAUUGAAAUUGAUGUAUGCUUAUUAGACAUUACGAUGGGAAAAGGGUAAGACUCCAUUAGAUAACAAUGGUUGGUCGUAAAAAGUUAUUCGUAUCGUGUGUUUAUACUAAAUUGUAUCAAUUUACCAUGAUUAAAUAAUUUUA